AUGGUUCAUGGCAAGCCUAGACACCUCCAAAGCCAAGGCUCUGCUGAAAGAGCAAAUAGCGACAUUAAAGAUAUUCUUGUGGGCUGGAUUAGUGACAACCAAAUUCAGGACUGGACAGUGGGGCUAAAAUUUGUCCAACAAAAGAAGAACUGUGCCAAUCAUGAAGGCAACCGAGCACCAAACAAGGUCAAUUUUGGAGAGGACCCUAAAGUCGCCUUGAUAUCAUCUAGCCUCCCACCUGAAAUCCUCGACAGGCCUCAGUCUGAAGAUGGUCUUCUGGCCCUCUAUCAGCCACCACUUCCGACCAGAGCUGAGCCAUCGAUCCCUACAACCACUGAACCACCGCCUUCGACCACUACUACCACUGAAACACUGCCUUCGACCACUACUACCACUGAAACACUGCCUUCGACCACUACUACCACUGAACCACUGCCUUCGACCAUUACCACCACUGAACUGCCUUCGACCACUACUACCACUGAACCAUCACCUUCGACCAUUACCAGCACUGAAAUAUCGCCUUCGACCACUAACACAACUGAACCAUGA